CAUCUUAUCAAAAAAUCAUAUCACUCGUUUUUUCUUCUUUCUUUCUUUUGCAUGGUCGGAAAAUAUUAACGUUGUUAAUUGGAUUUCAAACUGAGAAAAAAAAAAAAAAGGUUAUAUAAGGAAAAGCUAGAAAUCAUGGAGGCAGAAAACGGAGAGGCUAGGUUGGCGAGCAGACGUGCAGGGCUGACGAGGAUCGUAACGCAGAAGAAGUCGGCGGCGGAGACGGUGGCGGUGUGCCACGAUGACAGUACGCCGCCGGUGAAAGCUCAGACGAUCGAUGAGCUUCAUUCUCUUCAGAAGAAGAAAUCGGCACCCAACACUCCGAGGACAGCUAGAACUCCGCGUCAGGGUCAGGGAGCUGCUACUUUUGCCGUCAUCUCCGAAGAGGAUUUCCAGAAACUGCAACUCCAAUCCAUCAGUGCAUCGUUGGCAUCGCUAACGAGGGAGACAGGGCCUAAGGUGGUGAAAGGGGACCCAGCAAGGAAGGUAGAGGGACAAAGGGUGGCACAUAGUGGGCAUAGUAUACACGACACCUUCGACGUUAGUGACAGCGCCCUCAAGUUCACUCACGUCCUCUACAACCUUUCUCCUGCUGAACUUUACGAGCAAGCUAUUAGGUAUGAGAAAGGGUCAUUUAUAACAGCUUCCGGUGCUUUAGCAACUCUUUCGGGAGCAAAGACAGGUCGGUCACCCAGGGACAGACGUGUAGUUAAGGAUGAAACCACUGAAGAUGAGCUUUGGUGGGGAAAGGGUUCACCCAACAUCGAAAUGGAUGAGCAUACUUUCAUGGUCAACAGAGAAAGAGCUGUGGAUUACUUGAACUCGUUGGAGAAGGUGUAUGUGAAUGAUCAGUUUUUGAACUGGGACCCAGAACACCGUAUCAAAGUCCGGAUUGUAUCUGCCCGAGCUUACCAUUCCUUGUUUAUGCACAACAUGUGUAUACGACCCGAUGCUGAAGAGCUGGAGGAAUUUGGGACUCCAGACUUUACAAUAUACAAUGCUGGGCAGUUCCCAUGUAAUCGAUACACUCAUUACAUGACCUCCUCUACUAGCGUAGACCUCAAUCUUGCUAGGAGGGAAAUGGUCAUCCUCGGAACACAGUAUGCUGGGGAAAUGAAGAAAGGUUUAUUCAGUGUAAUGCACUAUCUCAUGCCUCAACGUCACAUCCUUUCCCUGCACUCUGGUUGCAAUAUGGGGAAAGGUGGUGAUGUUGCCCUCUUCUUUGGAUUAUCAGGUACCGGGAAGACAACUCUAUCUACAGAUCAUAAUAGGUAUUUAAUCGGAGAUGAUGAGCACUGCUGGAGUGAGAAUGGUGUGUCAAACAUUGAAGGUGGCUGCUAUGCAAAGUGCAUUGAUUUGUCAAAGGAUAAGGAGCCUGAUAUUUGGAAUGCUAUCAAGUUUGGGACUGUGUUAGAGAAUGUUGUAUUUGAAGAGCAUACUCGAGAAGUGGAUUACUCAGACAAAGGAGUUACAGAGAACACUCGUGCAGCAUAUCCUAUAGAGUACAUCCCUAAUGCUAAGAUACCAUGUGUUGGACCCCAUCCAAAGAAUGUCAUCCUUCUAGCCUGUGAUGCAUUUGGUGUGCUCCCACCUGUGAGCAAGCUGAGCCUGGCUCAGACCAUGUACCAUUUUAUCAGUGGCUACACUGCUCUGGUGGCUGGGACAGAGGAAGGUAUCAAGGAGCCACAGGCUACAUUCUCAGCCUGCUUUGGUGCAGCAUUUAUAAUGCUGCAUCCUACAAAGUAUGCAGCAAUGCUGGCUGAAAAGAUGCAAAAGCAUGGGGCUACCGGAUGGCUUGUUAACACAGGCUGGUCGGGUGGGCGCUAUGGAUCAGGUAACCGUAUCAAGCUAGCUUAUACCAGGAAGAUCAUUGAUGCCAUUCACUCAGGGACCCUUUUGAAUGCAAACUAUGUUAAGACUGAAGUGUUUGGACUUGAGAUCCCUACUGAAAUUGAUGGCGUGCCUUCAGAAAUCCUGAGUCCGAUUAAUACUUGGUCAGACAAGAAGGCCUACAAUGACACAUUAUUAAAGCUAGGGGGUCUGUUCAAGAAGAAUUUUGAGGUAUUUGCGAAUUACAAGAUUGGAACGGACAACAACUUGACUGAGGAGAUCCUUGCAGCCGGUCCUACCUUUUAAACAGAAAUAUGUGAUUGAUGGAGCAAAGGAAAAUGGAAGUAAAUAAGAAGCGCGAGCCAUUGCUACCAUGGGCAGAGUUUGUGUAAUAUUGUGUCCCUAAGAACCAUAUAAGUAAUCUAAUCUUUAUUAAUAAAGAGAAGAGGGUAUUCUUGUGUGGCA